AUGCUUGAGAAGGAAUCCUCGAGUUUUGUUGUUGACUUGCCUGACGAUGACCCAGAGUGCAUUGAGCGCGUUCUCGCUUUUCUUUACAUCCAAGACUACAGUGAAGCCGGCCACACCAUGGCUCUCAAUGCUGAAGCAGCUUCGGACACAGGAGGUUCGUCUAAACGGAAGUCAACUUCGCCGCCUGAUGCGCCACGCAAGCGGAACUCAGCCUUGUCUGAUACAGAUGGUCUGACGGAUACCCCGGGCACUGUGGCGGAUGAAAGCAGCUCGAGCCUACCUGUGAAUCUGCCUGCGAACUAUCCAUCUACAAGUGCCAAGCUCGAAGGCAACCCGCUUGAGAAGAUCUCACUUGAGGAUGGGGUCAUAUUCAACAAUACCGACGUUUACAUUGCGGCUGAUAAAUUCGGAAUCGACACAUUGUAUGCUCUGGCAGCAUCACGGAUCUGCGCAUGGCUGAGUGAAAAUAUCACAUCCGAAGGCUUUCUCGAUGCAGCGCAAAAAGUCAUGAGUUCGACUCCUCCGUAUGAUCCAACAAUUGCAGAUCAUCUUACCCAACUGAUAACCGAAAAUAUGUCCUUUUUCAAGAAGAACGAAGAGUUCUUUCCAUUCCUUGAUGAGUUUGGAAGACUGGGCUCAAUGAUCACCGCGAGGAUGCUCAAUAUCAACCAGAAGUUGGUUGCUUGCCUUAGUUUAUGGAAUUCUGCGAAGGUGAGACUCGAGCAGGGAGGAUAUUGCAUCAAAUGCCGCAAUUGGCUUAACGGGAUCAUUGAUUUCCAUGACGAUCUGAUCGUGGUGAAAUGUCGAUCUUGCCAAGCUAUCAAUUAA